AUGGCUUUUUCCGUCCCCCGAAACGUUCCCUCCUUCUCGAAUCCCCAGCGCAAACUCGAAGACCAAUUAUGGGCAUCGUCGGGCAUGUCCUCUCGCAGCACAACUCGUGGUUCCGCGCUUCUUCACAACGUCCAAGACAGAGUCGAGAAUCUCCUAGAAGGCGGCGGUCGUUUACCGAUGUAUAAGGACAAGCCGUACACGUACGCGGCGUCGCGGAGGAUGCGACCGCUAUGGCGACGAAGGAGGGUCAUGGCCUUCCUUGGCGUGGUGCUGCUGCUAGCCGUCAUGUACUACAAUGGCGCCUUUUCGCGCGAACGAGAAGGAAGGGCGUCGGUGUGGAGCUGGAAGUCGUUGACGGAGGCGCCGAGGGGAAGGGUGGAUUGGGAGAAGAGGAGAGAGCAUGUCGCGAGGGCCUUUGAGCAGAGUUGGGAUGCAUAUGAGAGAUAUGCGUGGGGCUACGAUGAGUACCAUCCCGUGUCGAAAGGACGAAGGAAUAUGGCUCCGAAGGGUCUUGGUUGGAUAAUCAUUGAUUCGCUUGAUACAAUGAUGAUCAUGAACCAGACGGAGAGGCUCAGCCAUGCGAGGGAGUGGCUACAGAAUACCUUGACGUGGGACCAAGACCAGGACGUAAACACCUUCGAGACGACGAUUCGAAUGCUGGGUGGCUUGCUGUCCGCGCAUUACCUAUCGACCGAAUUCCCCAACAUGGCGCCGGUAGCCAAGGACGCAGGCGGCGAGGAUUUGUACCUUGAAAAGGCCAAGGAUCUUGCCGACCGUCUGAUGGUAGCCUUCGACUCUGACUCGGGUAUUCCAUUCGCGAGCGUCAAUCUGGGAACCCUGCAACCCAUCCCCUCGCACGCGGAUAACGGAGCGUCCUCAACAGCCGAAACCGCAACGCUGCAGCUCGAGUUCAAGUAUCUCGCUAAGCUUACAGGAGAGAAAUUCUACUGGGAUAAGGUUGAAAAGGUCAUCAAGGUCAUCGACGACAACGGCGCCGAGGAUGGUCUCGUACCCAUCUACAUCUAUCCCGAUUCCGGCAAGUUCAAGGGUCGUAACGUGCGCCUUGGCAGCCGCGGCGAUUCCUACUACGAAUACCUUAUCAAGCAGUACCUCCAGACGAACAAAGCAGAGCCCAUCUACGAGGAGAUGUGGGAUCAGGCCCUCGAAGGUGUCCGCAGGCACCUCAUCACUUAUACCGAACCCUCCGGCUUCACCAUCAUCGCUGAGCGCCCCGAAGGUCUCGAUGCGCCGCUUUCGCCUAAGAUGGACCACCUCGUCUGCUUCAUGCCCGGUACCAUCGCCCUCGCUGCCACAGGCGGUUUGCCCCUCUCCGAAGCCCGCAAACUAGCCACCUGGUCGCGCAAGGAUGAAGAAGACAUCAAGCUGGCCGCCGAGCUGACCCACACAUGCUGGGCCACCUACAAGUACAUGGCCACCGGUCUCGCCGCAGAAAUCACCCACUUCAACGUCGGCAAACCCCCUCUUUCCGAAGGCGCCGCGCACCCGACCCCGCCUUCUGUCCUCAGCUCUUCGGACGCCGACGCUCCUUGGCGAGCGGAUUUCAUCGUCAAGCCGGCAGACGUACAUAACCUGCAGAGGCCCGAGACCGUCGAGAGCCUGUUUUACAUGUGGCGUAUCACGGGCGACGUGAAGUACCGGGAGUGGGGUUGGGAGAUGUUCAUGAGCUUCAUGGAACAUACGGCCGUCGAGGGUGGGGGCUUUACGAGCUUGACAAAUGCGAAUAAAGUGCCGCCCGUGACGAGGGAUAAUAUGGAAAGCUUCUGGUUGGCCGAGACUUUGAAGUAUUUCUAUCUCCUCUUCUCCCCCGAUGAUCUCCUCCCUCUGGACAAGGUCGUAUUCAACACCGAGGCACACCCAUUGCCUCGGUUUGAAAUGGGCCGACUCUUCUCGACGGGCUGGGAGCGGAAGCCUAGAGAUCGGUUUGGCAGGAUCAUCAAGAAGGAGGAGGUAUCGGCUGAGGAUAAGCCAAGUAAAGAGGGGGAGUAA